UGCGCGCAACACGACGCCCGAAACGGAAUUAUUCCAUCUGAAAACGACCAAAAAAAAAAAAAAAAAAAACAAAACAUUAACCAGGACAUAUCAACUUUCGUGCUUUUUCUUGCCGAGACGGUUCCAGACACUUUCCGAACAAAGCCGUCCAAGCAAUGAAAACCUGGCGAGUUUCUUUCUUUCUUUCCUUAGUGGUGUUGAACGCGGCAGUGCGCUCUGUGACGUCUGCGGAGCAAGAAUCGACCGAUACAAUUUUUGGAAACUUCCUGGACCCCAUCAAAGACUUGUUUCAGCAGAAGCAUGACGCCAAUCAAACGCUGGUCAGAUUCUCCCUGCGCAGAGCCUCCCGCCCGGAAGAAGACCUGUGCUACAUCCUCCCCGGCCGGGCCGACUCUCUGGCGGCCUGCGCCUUCGACGCCGCCGCCAAAACCUUCCUCGUCGUCCACGGCUGGGCGCUGAGCGGCAUGUUCGAAAGCUGGGUGGCCAAGCUGGUGUCGGCGCUGUAUGAGCGAGAGCGGCUGGCCAACGUCAUCGUGGUGGACUGGCUCCGCGCGGCGCAGAACCACUACGUGGUCGCAGCCCAGAGCACCGAGGCGGUCGGGCGGGAGGUGGCGCGCUUCAUCGACUGGAUCCAGGAAACCACCAACAUUCCUCUUGACAACCUGCAUCUGAUUGGCUACAGCCUCGGAGCUCACGUGGCGGGCAUCGCGGGAAGCCACGCGACCAACAAAGUUGGGAGGAUAACAGGUUUGGACCCGGCCGGGCCCGACUUCGAGGGCGAGCACGCCCGCAGGCGCCUCUCCCCGGACGACGCCGCCUUCGUGGACGCACUCCACACCUUCACCCGGGGCUCUCUGGGUCUCAGCAUCGGCAUCCAGCAGCCUGUGGGCCACGUGGACAUUUACCCCAACGGGGGCAGCUUCCAACCCGGAUGCAACCUGAGAGGCGCUCUGGAAAAGAUCGCCAACUUUGGGAUAUAUGCCAUCUCCGACGCCGUCAAGUGCGAGCACGAGCGCUCGAUCCACCUCUUCAUCGACUCGCUGCUGAACGAGCGGGAGGCGGCCAGGGCCUACCGCUGCGCCAGCAGCGACCUUUUCGACCGCGGCGUGUGCCUCGGCUGCCGCAAGCGCCGCUGCAACACGGUGGGCUACGGCAUCAACAGGGUCCGCAAAGCGCGCAACCUUCUGAUGUACACCAAGACCAGAGCCACCAUGCCCUUCAGAGUUUACCACUACCAGCUGAAGAUCCACUUCUCCAGUAAGGUGAACCGCUCGGAGAUGGAGCCCUCGCUGACCGUCUCGCUGUUCGGAACCAAAGGGGAGGCGGACAACCUGCAGCUUAAACUGAAGGAGAAAAUAGUGGCGAACAGGACGCAUUCCUUCCUGCUGGUGACCGAGAAGAACAUCGGCGACCUCUUGAUGUUGAAGUUCAAGUGGGAGGAGUCGAAGGGCUGGUCAGCCUCCGGCGUGAUGAAGAUGGUUUCUUCCUGGUGGUCCGGCGACUCCGACGCCGCCGACAUGGAGGUGCGCAAAAUCCGGAUCCGGGCUGGAGAGACGCAGCAAAAGGUGGUGUUUUGCCUAAAAGAUCCGUCUUCUCCCAACCUCAAGCAAAUACUUACCUUUGUCAAAUGUAAGGACGCGUGGAGAACAAAUCCAAAGCGCGGUUCCAAAAGAAUAAACCUGAAGGCCCACUGACCCGGCGGAGAAAACCGCCGCCACCCUUUUCUCCAUUUCAGCACUUUGUAAAUAAUUUAUUUGAGGUGUCAUAAUACACACAAAAAAAAGGUAAAAGUCCCACACUGACUUGUAUAUAACCACAGGAGCAUCUCGUUUUUCUUUUUUUAAUUUAAAAUAUUAAAAAUGUUAACACUUUUUGUUGGGUUUAUGACUAACUGGUUCAUUAUUAGCACAAAAGGGAAGCGUCGCUAAUCUUGCUCUACAUGAAUAUGAUAUCUUUUGUGCUACUAAUAUCCUAUUGUGUUGAUAUUUAUAAAGAUCGCUAUCAAACUCAAUGGCUGCUUUUACAUGGACGUAACACCCCCCCCCCCACCCCAUGGAAAUUGAUUGAUUGACCCAAAAAUCAAUAAAGAAUCUAUAUUGUAAAAGGUGCAGGUAGUCGGCCAUUCUCAAAUAUUUUUAUGAUUGUUUUCACGUCCAUGUAAACUUAACCAAUGUCCUCGUCAAUCGUUUGUGUUUAUGUACAGUACAGUAUUCUAUAUGAACUCGAACAACGCAUUCACCACUGUGGGCCCCCCCACGCCCGCAUGUGACUGUGGGACCCGGAUCAGUGUGCCUUAAGCUCAACAAAGAGCUUCCUUGCUACGCCUGCGUUUUAUGGGUGCUUUAUUGUUGCUACGACGACCAAGAAACACGCCGACGGCCUUUCUACUGUCUUGACUCGGUUAUGCCGCUUGAGUUGCAAAACAUUACUACUCGACUGUUACCUCAACAAGCGCGUGACAUUUUUUUGUUUUCAAAUACUUGUGUUGUGGGUUUUUUUUUUUUUUAAAACUGGGUACAUUAGUGAUUAGCAAUAAUAAUAGAAACAUUAGAUAUUGUAUUACAGCCAUGUAUUGCAAUCUGUCUGAAUUGAUGGGUUUAGGGUUAGGGUUUCGGUUAGGUUAUUUUUUUUUUUAUGUUUUUUUUUUUUUAACACGUUUUUUUAAUUCCACCAUUUUACUAUUAUUUUUACGUAUGAAAAAAAAAAGAAUCAAAUUUUGCAUGUGUCAUUCCUGAGGUCAGCCUUGUAAUCAUUGUGACUAUUUUUCCACCUCAAAAACAGAUACACAUAAUUUUUUUUUUUGCAUUUAUUGUAGGAAUGGAUAUUAUAAAACUGUGUACAGAAAGGAUUCGAAGUACUGUAAUUAAGAAAUUAUGGAGUUUUGCAGUAAAAAGCACAGGCUUUGGUACAAUUGUGAAAUGUAGUCCAUUCUCCUUGUACAUACUUGUAAAUAUGCGAACGGCGUAUAGUGUAUAUUUAAUAAACAUCACAUG